AUGUGGGGAGCCUGCAUGUUGCUGCUGGCCCUCAGGUCACAGCUGUCACUUAGUGUCAUCCCAGCUGAGGAGGAGAACCCAGCCUUCUGGAACCAAAAGGCAGCCAAGGCUCUGGAUACUGCCAAAAAGCUGCAGCCCAUUCAGACAUCAGCCAAGAACCUCAUCAUCUUCCUGGGGGACGGGAUGGGGGUGUCCACAGUGACAGCCACUCGGAUCCUAAAGGGACAGCUGGAAAACCGUCUGGGACCUGAGACACUUCUAGCCAUGGACCGCUUCCCAUACACAGCUCUGUCCAAGACGUACAACACAGACGUGCAGGUCCCAGACAGUGCAGGCACAGCCACUGCCAUUCUCUGCGGGGUCAAAACUAAUUUCAAGGUCAUUGGCCUGAGUGCCACCGCACAGUUUGACCAGUGCAACACAACACGGGGCAACGAGGUCAUCUCCGUGAUGCAUCGCGCUAAGAAAGCAGGAAAGUCUGUAGGAGUGGUGACCACCACGUCGGUGCAGCACGCCUCUCCAGCCGGCACCUACGCACACACGGUGAACCGAGGUUGGUACUCGGAUGCAGAAAUGUCUGCUUCGGCGCGGCAGGAGGGCUGCAAGGACAUCUCUGCACAGCUCAUCUCCAACAUGGACAUCGAUGUGAUCCUCGGUGGUGGCCGCAAAUUCAUGUUUCCCAAGGGAACACCAGACCAGGAAUAUCCAACUAACAUUGGCCAGGCUGGAACCAGGCUGGAUGGACGGAACCUUGUUCAAGAGUGGCUGGCAAAGCACCAGGGAGCCAGGUAUGUUUGGAACCACACGGAGCUCAUUCAGGCAUCCCUGGACCCAUCUGUGACACACCUCAUGGGUCUCUUUGAGCCUGAACACAUGAAAUAUGACAUCUAUCGAGAUCCUACCCAGGACCCCUCCCUGGUGGAGAUGACAGAGGUAGCCCUGCGCAUGCUGAGCAGGAACCCCCUAGGCUUCUACCUCUUUGUGGAAGGGGGCCGCAUUGAUCAUGGCCAUCAUGAGGGCAUAGCCUACCGUGCACUGACUGAGGCUGUCAUGUUCGACUCAGCCAUUGCUAAGGCGGACCAGCUGACCAGUGAGCAGGACACGAUGAUCCUUGUCACCGCUGACCACUCCCACGUCUUCUCUUUUGGCGGCUAUACACUUAGGGGGACCUCCAUCUUCGGACUGGUUCCCUUCAAGGCUCAGGAUGGCAAAUCCUUCACCUCCAUCCUAUAUGGCAAUGGUCCCGGCUACAGACUCCUUAAUGGUGUCCGGGCUGAUGUCACUGAGGAAGAGAGCAGCAAACCCACGUACCAGCAGCAGACAGCUGUGCCCUUGUACAGUGAGACCCAUAGCGGUGAAGACGUGGUGAUAUUCGCACGUGGUCCGCAGGCACACCUGGUGCACGGAGUGCAGGAGCAGAAUUACAUCGCACACAUUAUGACCUUUGCAGGCUGCCUGGAGCCCUACACCGACUGUGGCCUGGCGCCCCCUGCUGGCCAGAGUCAUGCAGGGAGCCGGAGCCAGACCCCUACCCUGAUGCUCCUGUUGGCAGGGACAAUGUUGACGAUAGCUGUGGCAGCUGAACCCUGACUAUCUAAGCUCACUGGACUCCA